AUGUACACCAAGUCGAUCCUCCUCGCCGCUCUGGCUGCCUCGGCUUCGGCCACGCGCCUCUUCCCGGGUCAGGCCGCUCUUAAGCGCGGUCUCGACACCCGCCAGACUGGUUCCGCCGGUGGCGACGAGACCUGCGCCACCGAGCUGUCGUCGGCCUACGACACGAUCCCCACGCCACCGCCUGUGAUUCAGCAGUGGGAGAUGACCGCCGUCAUCUCGGAUCCCUGCAACUACACGCCUCCUCCGUCCGUCGAGGCGGCGUUUUCCACGUACAGCGCCGACCUCGAGGACUGGUACUCGUCCCACAGCAAGGAAAUUGCCAGCAUUCUGAGCACCUGCGAGGCUUACGCCCCCUCCGGCGAAGAAAGCACCAGCGUCGCAGGCCUGUCGGACUACUGUGCCACGGCGGGCGGUUCCGGCGGCGGCUCGGGCGGCGGCUCAAGCGGCGCUGCCACCACGACGGCCAAGCACACCAAGGGCAGCGGUGCUACUGAGUCCACGGCCGAGCCGACCAAGACGUCGGGUGGCUCUGGCACCACCGCCGGCUCUGGCUCGGGCUCGGGCACGACCACCACCUCGGCUGGCAGCGCUUCCAAGACCAACGCCGGCUCCAAGGACACUGCUGCUGUCGGUGUCGCUGCUCUGGCCAUGGCUGGUGCCCUGUGCGUCGCUGCUGCCCUGUAA